AUGCUCUGCACAACUUUACGGUCAGUCCCGCGCCCUGUAAUUACCAGUUUGCGCCCCAGUCUAGCUCGACGGUUAGCCUCGACAUCAACUCGUGAGAGAUCCCGAACAUGGAGGAGCGCAGCGGUACGGUUAGGUCUCUCGUUUGGCAUCUUAUUAUACUUGAACGCUAGCCCCGUCUUUGCCGAUGCUGCUUCACAACCAGCUCCCACCCUCGCCCUGCCCGGUGACGACCGUCCCGCGGUUGAUUCCAUAUCUCAGAAACGUAAGCAGAGUCAGGCAAAAAUGACAAUCUCCGCUCCAAAGUAUGGGAAACAAACUGAGGCUCACGAAUCACGAACGAAUGCCCAGAGUGCCAUAGCCGCGGAUAAUCGAACAGCACUGGAUGAGGAAGACGCCAGUCAGCAGGCCGCGUUCGAUCCCGAGACCGGAGAGUUUAAUUGGGACUGCUCGUGCCUAGGUGGCAUGGCCCAUGGUCCAUGCGGAGAGGAAUUCAAGGCCGCUUUCAGUUGUUUCAUGCUCUCAACCGUGGAGCCGAGAGGAAUAGAGUGCAUUGGCAAGUUUCAGGACAUGCAGGCAUGCUUCAGGAAUUACCCCAAUGUCUAUGGGGCCGAGCUGGCCGACGAUGACGAAGUCUCCUCUGUUCCUAGUCAUGGCGACCGGCAGCUCCAAGCCAAGUCCAAGAACAGGUCUAUCACAACCCAUAAGAUUGCUUCUUCCAAGCACUCGGCAGUGGUAGGAGAAGCAGAUAAACCCAGAACCUGGAAGCGCCUGGGAUGA